CAUUGACCAUUUAUCCCGGGCGUCCCUACCCCUCUGCCGGUAACAAAAGGACGUGUCGUGUUUAAAUUUUUGACUUCUUUGCCGGCGCAAACCUCUGCCAACCCAAAUUUUCAGCUUACAGUAGACAUAGAAUAGAGACGAAAAAGAUACCCAAAAAGCAAUAAUCGAAAUGGCUGACAAGGACUUUACGCUCAACACUGGCGCCAAGAUCCCCGCCUUUGGUCUCGGCACCUGGCAAGGCGACAAGGGCGUCAUCAAGGAGGCCGUCCUGACGGCCAUCAAGAGCGGCUACAGGCUCAUCGACGGCGCCUACGUCUACGGCAACGAGGAGGAGGUCGGCCAGGGCAUCCGCGAGGCCAUCUCGUCGGGCAUCGUCAAGCGCGAGGACCUCUUUGUCGUCUCCAAGUGCUGGGCCACCUACACCACCCGCUGCGAGCUCGGCCUCGACCAGUCGCUCAAGCUGUUGGGCCUGGACUAUGUCGACCUGUACCUCGUUCACUGGCCCAUCUUGAUGAACCCCGAAGGCAACGAUGAGAAGUUCCCCAAGCACGCCGACGGCUCUCGGGACAUCAUUCACACCCACAACCACGUCGACACGUGGAAGCUGAUGGAGAAGCUCCCGGCGACUGGCAAGACCAAGGCUGUCGGUGUUUCCAACUACAGCAAGGCCUGGCUUGAGCAGCUCCUGCCCCACGCCACCACCGUUCCGGCCGUCAACCAGGUCGAGAACCACCCGCAGCUUCCCCAGCAGGAGCUCGUCGACUUCUGCAAGGAGAAGGGCAUCCACAUCAUGGCCUAUUCGCCCCUGGGUAGCACCGGUGGCCCUCUGCUGACGGCGGAGCCCGUCGUCAAGAUCGCCGAGAAGCACAGCAUCUCGCCUGCUGCUGUUUUGCUCGGCUACCAGAUCGCUCGCGGAAUCACCGUCAUCCCCAAGUCGGUCAACCCGGACCGCAUCAAGGCCAACGCUCAGCUCAAGGACCUCGACGCCGAAGACAUGAAGCUGCUCAACGACUACUCGGAGCAGCUGGCCAAGGACGGCAAGCUGAACCGCUACGUCUUCCCUCCGUUCGGCACUGACUUUGGCUUCCCCGACAAGGUUGGCCAAUAGAGCAUCCCUGAAAGGGUGAUGCACAGGUGUUUUUAACAAGUAUGAGAAGCAUUGCAUGCGUUGAGGGGGGAAACUUGCAGAAAGAGUAUCUGUGUAUAGAUCCACAACGGCUUUAGCAAAUUUUACAUGUUCACACCUG